CCCGCGCUCCGCGCCCCCUUCUCUUUCAGCCUCGGGCGCGGGGGAGGUUCGGCGGACCUGCAGAUUGGGAACCGAUAUGGCGGCGACUCUGGGCAGCGGGGAGCGCUGGACGGAAGCUUACAUUGAUGCAGUUAGAAGAAACAAAUACCCAGAAGACACACCUCCUGAGAGUCAUGACCCCUGUGGCUGCUGUAACUGCAUGAAGGCACAAAAGGAAAAGAAGUCUGAGAAUGAGUGGACUCAGACCCGGCAGGGUGAGGGGAGCUCCAUGUAUAGUGAGGAACAGCUGCUUGGGGUACAAAGGAUCAAGAAAUGCAGAAAUUACUAUGAAAUUCUGGGAGUUUCUCGAGAUGCCAGUGAUGAAGAGCUUAAGAAAGCUUACAGAAAACUCGCCCUGAAAUUUCACCCUGACAAGAACUGUGCUCCUGGAGCAACAGAUGCUUUCAAAGCAAUAGGAAAUGCAUUUGCAGUCCUGAGCAAUCCUGAUAAGAGACUUCGCUAUGAUGAAUACGGAGAUGAACAGGUGACUUUCACUGCCCCUCGAGCCAGACCUUAUAAUUAUUACAGGGAUUUUGAAGCUGACAUCACUCCAGAAGAACUAUUCAACGUCUUCUUUGGAGGACAUUUUCCUACAGGAAAUAUUCAUAUGUUUUCAAAUGUGACAGAUGAUGCUCACUAUUACCGCCGACGGCACCGACAUGAGAGGACACAGACUCAGAAGGAGGAGGAAGAAGAGAAACCUCAGACUACGUAUUCUGCAUUUAUUCAGCUACUUCCAGUUCUUGUGAUUGUGAUUAUAUCUGUCAUUACUCAGCUGCUGGCUACUAAUCCCCCAUAUAGUCUGUUCUAUAAAUCGACCUUGGGCUACACCAUUUCUAGAGAAACUCAGAACCUGCAGGUGCCUUACUUUGUGGAUAAAAACUUUGACAAGGCCUACAGAGGAGCUUCUCUGCAUGACCUGGAGAAGACAAUAGAGAAGGAUUACAUUGAUUAUAUCCAGACUAAUUGUUGGAAGGAGAAACAACAAAAGUCAGAGCUGACAAAUUUGGCAGGAUUAUACAGAGAUGAACGAUUGAAACAGAAAGCAGAGUCGCUGAAACUUGAAAACUGUGAGAAACUUUCCAAACUCAUUGGCCUACGCAGAGGUGGCUGAGAGGAUAAUGGUCCUAUGCAGGGCUGGGGUUUUGCUACUUGUUCCUAUUUAUGUUCCUGAUUCCAUUUUAUAAUACAAAAUUAGGUAAUGGUGAACACUUU